GGCCCGCAGCCCACCCCCGGCACACGGGAGGGAGAGCGGGGACCCCGCCGGGCCCCAGGGGGGUUAAUGGGGGCCUGAGAAGGGUCUCGAGGACUCGCCCCGCUCACCCCCAGGCCCUGGGGGGAGGCUGCCUUGGAGGCCCUGCUCCCCCGGGAGGGGAUGGGGUGUGGGCUGUGGCACUGGGGGUUCGGUGGGCUGCAGCCCCCCUGCAGGGUCUCAGCACCCCCUGGGUGUGUGCCAGCACUCGGGCGAAGGCACAGAGGUGCUGCCUGGGCAGAGGCUCCCAGGGCCCUACCCUGAAUUUCCCUAACGAUGCUGCUGCUUGCAGGGCUGGGAAGUGCCAUAAAUCUGCCCCGACACUGGGCAGCAGCUCUGCUGCCCCAGGGAUUCGUAGCCCUGAACACCAGGCACCUCUGCCCCUCGCUGCCUACUGCCCUUCUUGUCCCCCCCAAUACACCCGGGGCUGGGAUUGUGGCUGGGUGGUGGGAGAGCCCAUCCUGCCUGUGCUGGGUGUGCUCAGGGCCAUCAGGGGCUGUGUGGCACUGCUGGCUGGGAGCAGGGUGUCCCCUGUGUGCUCCCUGCUGCACCCCCUGCUUGCAGCCUUCCCCUUGUCCUGCUGCUCCCCCGGUCCUGCUGCUCCCAAGCCACUAGCCCAGGAGGCUGGGAAAGCAUAACCUCAGGGGGUGCCCUGCUGAGCCGGGGCCUCCCCUCGCAGUGCAGCCACUGGCCCUUGGCCCUGCUGCCCCCGGGUGCCCCCCUGCCCAGCUGCUGGGGCCCUGCCAGGCCUCGCUGCUCCCGCUGUUAUUUUUAUGGGAUGUGAUGGAGUCUAUUGCUGGGCACUGCUGGCCACACAUCCCCUGGUGCCUGGCGAGAGGCCAGGGUGGAGCUGGGAGGGCUGCCCAGGGCCAGCCCUGCCCAUUCCCCCCGGCCCCUGCCUGCUGCUGUGCAGGCUCAGUGUGGCCCUGGGCUGGCUCCAGCCCUGUUCUGCCUGUUGCUGUUUUGGAUCAGAGCUGGCACUGCCGUAGCACAGCCCCCCAGUCCCUCCGGGCCCCACCAGCCCCCAGGGGCACAGGGCUGUGCUGUGGGGGGCAUGGCUGCUCUGUGGGUGCUGGGCAGACGCUGGAUGUGGUUCCCCCGGCCCAGAAGAGGCUCUGCCCUCAGGCUGGGCUCUCUCUCCCUGCUGUGGCAGGUUCCCAGGCCCAGCUGAGGGGGCACAGCCGUUCCCUCCAGGCUGGGGCAGCACUGCUGGGGCCGAGUGUUCCUGCUCUCAGACCCCCAUUCACGGCUGGGCUUGGCCCCUCUCUUCUGGCUGUGCCAUGGUCCAUGCAGCUCCCGUGCCCUGGGCCAGAUGCAUUCCAGCCUCCAGCCCUGCUUUCCCUUGCUGCUCCCGGAGGCCCUGGUGCUGCCAGCUGGGGCCGGGCCAGGGAGCUGCUGGCAGUUGGCUGUGUUGCUGCAUCCAGCCGUGCUCACCGCCCGAGCUGCUGUCUGAGGACCACGGGGUCGGGCAGAGCUUUGCCUCCUGCAUCCCGGGCCCCAGGCCAGGCUGCCGGCAGGGCCGGGCACAGCAGGCAGCAGCACGUGCCCACAGCCGUGACCUUGCUGUCCCUCCCUGCCUGUGGAGAGCAGCCCCGCCUCCCGCCGGGGUGAUGCUGUGGGGGUACAGACGGUGCCCUACUUAGGUUCAGGCCCAAUUCAGAAUCCUCUGGUCGUGGGAGCAACGACCUGGGGGUCAGCUGGGCACCCUGGCUCUGGGCUUGGCCUGGCUGCAGGCUCCAGCCUCACGCAGCCAUCUCCCCCUGGGCAAGCACUGGUGCCAAAGUUAUCGUGAGGGACUGGAUCCAGCUGCACCCCAGGCCCGGGCAGAGACAGGUCUGUUCCCCCGGCACAGCUUUGUCACCGCCGGGCACCGUGCCCGGACCGCUCGGCGCUGGAUGAGUAACGGCAGUGCCACGGCUGCGUGUUCUCAAAGAGCAUCGUGCCCCUGCACCCAGCUCCUGGGAAUGCUACCUGUGGGAGCAGCCAGCACUCUGGUGUGCUGUGCUGGAAUCCUGCUCCUGCUGCCACCCCCUCCCCUGCACUGCUGCAGCCCAUGGGCUGGCAGGGCUGCCCUGCCAUCAUGGGUGGGAGCAGAGGGCUCUGGGCUGGGGGACACAGCCCCAAACCCUGGGGCUGGUCCAGGGUGGGAGAUGGAGCCUGUGAGGCGGCAGCAGGAGGUGCUUGGGGCCUCCAUGGGGCUGUAGAGCCCGGGCUUGCCCUGUCUAGGGGCCACAUGGCAUGGUGUUGGGAGAGGGAGCCGGGCCCUGGUCCCCCAUGAGCCGCUCAUGGAGCCCCUGGGAUAGGGCUGGCCCUGAUCUGGCCGUGACAGGGGCUGCUGGGAUGGGGAGUGCUGAGGCUGGUGCUCCCCAGGCCAAGGGCUUGCUGGGCUCAGGGCUUACAAGUUCAGAGCAGAGCAGCAGUGGGGCUGAAGACCUACCUGGGAACUGUCCCAGGAGGAGCGGGGGGAGUGAGCAGGAGCUGCCAGGGCCAGGGGGAGCAGUGCUGGGGCUGGGGGGCAGCACCGGGCCAGCCAAGUUGCGUCGAAGGGGUCAGGGGUGUAGAAUGGAGCAGGAGCUGCCAGAGGCCCAGCCAGGCAGCAUCCCACCGGGGACACUGAUCUGGAAACAGGGCCAGGAAGCCGUGCCAGCAGCCGGCCACAGCGAGGGGCUGGGGCAGCCCGGGCAGUGGGGAGCACAUCCUGCGUGUCCUGGCUGCUGGCAGAGCCAGAGAAUGGCUCUCCAGAGAGGAAUCACAGUCAGCAGAGCCUGCCCAGUGCACAGGGAGAGAUUUGGGGGAGGCUCAGGAGAGGCCAUGGUGGGGAGCACAGGCAGCAGCCAGGUGGACUGUCCUGAGAGCCCCAGGCACCACAGGCCCUGGGUGUUAAUCAGUCUUUCACAACAGGUCAGCCCCGUGCCCAGGGCACCAGGAGGAGAUGCAGUCAGGCACUCUUGGCCAGAGAUGCUGCAGAGAUGCUGCACCUCCUGAGAGGCCCGAGGUGCUCAGCAGGGCUCAGUGCAGGCAGUGAGGAGCUGCAGCUGGGAUGGAGCCGGCGGGGCCAGAGCAGGCUCAGGCAUCCCGAGGCAGGGGAGCAGCAGCAGCACUGGGGCAGGGGGCCCAGCCAUGGGCAGGGCAUGCGGGGGUCUCACCCACCUGAAUGGGCUGUGCUGGUCGCAGGGGCCCUCAUGGGAGCUGGGGAUGUGAUCGCACAGCAGCUGGUGGAGCGGCGGGGGCUGCGUGGGCACCAUGGCCCCCGCACCCUGAAAAUGAUGGCCAUUGGCUUCUGCUUCGUGGGCCCCGUUGUGGGCAGCUGGUACAGGAUCCUGGAUCGGCUCGUCCCGGGGAACACAAAAGUCGUGGCUGUCAAGAAGAUGGUUCUGGACCAGGACUACACAGAUGCCCUGAUGACCAACUACUGUGUGAGUGCUGAUCUGGCCACCCGUGCAGAUUGCAAACUUCUACUUCGUGCCCCUGCAGCACAGGCUGGCUGUCGUCCAGUGUGUUGCCAUCGUCUGGAACUGCUACCUGUCCUGGAAAGCAAAUCGGAUGUGAGGCAGAAGCCGUGUCCCACCCCUGUCCCCAGCCUGUGCGCUGCCUGACCCCGCCACACCUCGGGAGCCCUUCGAGUGGGUGCCUGUGGCUGAGGACAGGCUGAAACAGGCAGAGUGCUGGCAGCAGCUGUCCCUCUCUCCUUGGGGAGACACCGUCACCACAGCCCCCACUGCCCCAGGGACACACUGGGGAGAAGAUGGUGCCAGGGCACCCUGAGACAGGCCUGGAGUGGCUCUGGCUCCAGCUCUGGAGGCCUGGAGUAGCUCUGGCUCCGGCUCCAGCUCUGGCUGUGCCGUGUGGCAGCUCUGCCUGCAGUGUGUUUCUCCAUCCAUGCUCAACCCUCUCCUGGCCCCUACCUGCACAGAGUCCUCCUGCCCCAGGCAUCACUCUGCCCUUCCCCAUGGCACACCCCUGGAGGAAGGAGUGGGAGUGCCACUGGGCCGGGGCUGGCCCUGGGCUGGCAGUACCAUGGGCACAGAGCUGGGGUCACUGCAGGCUGGGGGUGCUUCCCCUGAAAAUGGGGUUUGGUGUGACUCUGCUGUAGACAGUCAGAGCACCAAUAAAUGGCAUUUUUCACUCUCGA